AUUUAGUUGAGAAAUUGUGUGGAGAUUGUGAAUGUGAAAAAAUUAUCAAAUCAAACGGCUCAAAUUGCGUCAUCAAAUAAUCAUAAACCGUCCAUCAGUAUUGGAGCCGGGACUCUUAUUUUCUCUCUCCUCUCGUUCUUUCUUCCUACGUUCAUUCUUUCGCUCGAUCUUCGCUGCUGCUUUCUCGUUGUUGUUGUAAAGGUAAUCUUCGCAAUCUUCCUUAAUUCUUGGGACAUUUGGAUUCUUACCCUUUUAAUUUCUUUGCCUUUUCUAUCGUUUUCUGCCAAAUUAUAUCCCAAUUUCUUUUAGCUGCCCCAAUUUUUCCAAUUACAUUUAGGGUUUGAUUUCUGGGGUUUUUAUGCUCGAUUUUGAUUGAUAUUGAGGGUACAGUUUCUGGGGUUCGCUUGAUUUUUUUGUUAGAAACAAAAUUUGAUAAGGGUUUGAUUAGUUUGAGUGUAUUUGAUUAGUUUGACAAGUUUUGGGCCUUUAGUUAUUCAAUUGUACAGUAAUUUUAGAGGGUUAGGAAGAUUCUUUUAUGGCAUUUGAAUGCCAAAAUACUACUGAAGUUUGUUUGUCGAAGAAAUUAUUGAAUUCUACUGCUCAUAAUCCAUUGAAAGAACAAUUUGGGGGAGUGAAAUUUGGAAAAACACCUGUUCGUUGUUAUAGUAACAGCAAGAAAGGUAUUUGGAGAAAGAAAGCUGAGGGGUCUGAAAAAUUAGUGCCUAAAUCAGGGUUUGGUAGUGAUAAGAUUGUUGGAAACUUAGUUGGUACUGGGAAUUUGGUGACAACUGAUGAAGGGGAUGCCUUGGAAAGUCGUCGGUCUAUUACCGACCUUCCUCCGGCUUUGGUUGUGGAGAUUCUGAACUGUUUAGACCCGAAAGAGCUUGGCAUUGUUUCGUGUGUUUCAACUACCCUUUAUAAGAUUGCAUCUGAUCAUCAUGUGUGGAAGGAUUUCUAUUGUGAGAGAUGGGGUCUUCCGAUAACUAAGACUCUGAAUCCCGGUUUACCUGAGGAGAAGUCAUGGAAGGAACUCUUUGUGGAGAGAGAUUUUAGGAGCAAGACCUAUCUAGGGCGUUGUAGGCGUGAUUAUUUGACUGGCCACACUGAACCAGUUCGUGCUGUAUUCCUCCUGGUGUCUGCAAAGCUUGUUUUCACUGCUGGGUAUGAUUUUGUAGUCCGGAUGUGGGACAUGGAAGAAGGGUUGUCUAUUGCUUCAUCGAGGCCUCUUGGUUGCACAAUUCGUGCUGUGGCUGCUGAUACAAAUCUGCUGGUAGCUGGGGUGACUGAUGGUUUUAUCCAAUGUUGGAAGGCUGUUGAGGGAGUCUCUCACUUGUUCGACCUUAAGGGUUCUUACUGUGAACACUCUGAGUUUAGACUCUGGGAGCAUGAGGGACCAGUAGCUUCUCUCGCUUUGGAUAUUUCAAGGAUUUAUAGUGGAUCUUGGGACAUGACUGUGAGGAUAUGGGACCGUGCCUCGUUGCAGUGUGUUAUGGUCUUAAGGCAUAGUGACUGGGUAUGGAGUAUUGCACCUCAUGGCACUACUUUAGCUAGCACAUCAGGUUCCGAUGUUUAUAUUUGGGACACUACUGAUGGAACUCUGGCUGCCAUCAUUCCUCAUGCUCAUGCAGGAAACACUUAUGCCAUAGCAAGGAGUUAUUCAGGAGACUUUCUCUUUACUGGAGGAGAAGAUGGAUCAAUACACAUGUUUGAAAUCUCGGAGUGUGCUGAUGAUGGCGUCUUGAAGGUGGCUUCUUGGAUCCCACAUUCAGGACCUGUGAAUUCGCUUGCAUUCGAGUUUCCAUGGGUUGUAUCAGCUUCUAGUGAUGGGAACCUUUCUCUGAUUGAUGUUAGGAAACUAUUGAAAUCCAACCGGCGUUGUCUGAUGAAAUAUCGGAACAGGAAGGAGGCAACAAUUGAGCCUCCUCAGAGGAUGCUGCAUGGUUCUGGGGCUAGUUUGUUUUCUGUGAAUAUUGGUGGUGAUCGUAUUGUUUGUGGAGGAGAAGAUUGUGUCGUGAAGCUGUGGGACUUCUCUCACGCUUUAGAGAAAGAAAUGAGAUCUCGUGCUCAGAAGGCUAUUAGGUUGGAGAACAGGUUGAGGCAGCGUAGGCUCCAAGCUGAGAUGAAUGCAAAGAGUGGCAAGGCCGAUAAAUGUUCAGUGGCAGCAAAGAAGAAUCCCAUAAACGGAGACCGAAAUGGCAUUUGGCAUAGUAAGCGCAGUGUUAAUGGGAAGGUGAAGGCGUAGCAGAAUAAUUUGUACGCAAGGAUUUGCUUCUAGGUCUCUCAAGGUUUAUAUUCUUUUUAGUUACAUCAAGUACAAAAUAGGUACAACUUCGUAAGUCAGAUUCUGACUCUGAUGUGAUCUACUUGACAGAUGCAUUAUAUCAGUGUUUUAUUGCAUGCUUUAGUACUAAUUUAAUGUGAUUGCUCAUUCAAGGAAAUAUUAAUUUUUCAUG